AUGUAUAACCCCCUAACCCGCUCCACCGUUACCGCCAUGCCCACCCGUCAUACUGUCAGGAUCACGGGUACCUAUAGACGGGUUCCUCAAGAGUUAUAUGCAGAAGUCGUACUCCACCUACCCGUUCCCGUCCCCGCUUCACUAAUCCUGCUACGUAUAACCCCCACCCUCACAGCGCUCGGACCGCCUGGUGGAGCUACGCGUUUCCAACAUUCUUCAUGGCGACAGAGAUACGCGCAAGGGAUCAAGAACGACACUUUCGGUCGGCGGAGAGAAUCGACAGACCGUGAUCCUGGAUACUAUACACAAGGAUACGCGAUUGGUGACACCGACCUACCUGGCUAUAAACAGUCUGCAAGAGGGUUUGAAGAUGGCGAAGAUCGAGUUACGAGACAUGAUGUGAGUGAAGGGAGUAUUGCAGGGUAUGGAGGGUGGACACCGAGUAGGGGUACACACACGUUGAAAGAUGGUGGAAGAACGCCAGGUCAUGGCGCACAGACACCAAGGUAUGGUGACGGAGGACAAACACCUAGGCCUGGAUGGCACACAUCUGGUCCUGAACGACGAUACGAUUUGAACGGCGGACAAACUCCGAAGAUUAGAAAUGGUGGUCAGACGCCCAUUUAUGGUGUAAGUCACGAUGAUGGCGGACGGACACCGGCUAUCACUAAGAGGUUCGGUUCCAAUGGCGGACAAACCCCAGCAUAUGGUAGUCACUUAUUGUACGAAAUUGACACAUCAAGGUAUUCAGAAAGGUACGAGCUCGACGGUAGGCAAACACCUAGGUUCAUCGGUCAGACUACAAGGUUAGAUCCAAUAGGGAACAUGAACAUCCCCCGCGGACCCAGGUAUCAUACGAAGCUCGGCGACCACAUGGCAGGAUCGCGAACACCCGUUGGGGGACGUACUCCAAAAAACUAUGAGACACACGAAUUGAAAAAUCGAUCAACUCUUAGGCAACCUGUCGGAGAGAAUGUAAUGACUGGAAGAACGCCCGGCUAUCACCAUCAUGACUUUCACAACCGUGAAGAUAUCAGAGGUAGCGACCGUCGUCACUUCAGUGUCAUAGAUAAGCAGGUGUACCGUCAUCCUGAGCCGUAUCUCGAUAUGACAGAGUCUACCAGAAGUAACAGUCCUGUCAUCAACAUAGUCAACAUGGAUCAUCCCAGAUACACGAAAAUCGAUGGAACUUCGUCGAAGGAAUAUCUUAGACCAUUAAAGACAAUACCAACGCAAAGCAAUGAGUUGAAAGAUACACUUCAAACCCCUGCGGAAAGGAUGGCUAUGCGAAAAGAAUGUAAUCGCGUUUUUGAGGGAAGUAGAAUGUAUGUUCCCUUCGGACAAAGGGUUGGGUGGGGGAAAGAUGGAUGGGAAUAUUACGUGUCGAUGUUAAGAUCGCUAGGAGCAGAAAUUGUCAAUUCCGACAUCCAUGCAAGUCAUAUACUGGUCCUUCUACCUGCUUGGGAUCCUGAAGAGUUACUCAAGGUAGUGAGACAUGAAUGGAGACAUAAUUUGGUUUUGGAUACUAGAUGGGCUUACGAUUGUGCUGUGUAUGGUUAUCUUGGGGGAGAGGUAUCUUGGGGAAGAUGGAGAAUUACAGAUAGAUCCCUACCCUCUAGAUCGGAACAUUACCUCAUCCCUCAACCCAUCCCCACUUCUGCUUCCGACGUACCUCUUCCUUUCUCAAGAUUGAACUCAGCGUACCGAAUCCAGUCGUCUGAGACUGGCUCAUUGUUGAUUCCUCGCAUCUCGGAUAAUUUCUCGAUUGACAGUCCAACCCACGGGGCAUCAGCAUCAGCAUCUGCGCCCAGUCCUACCGCAACGAUGCUUCACCUCAAUGAGCCUACGUCCACACUCAAGCAAUGUACCCCUUUCAACUUCAUUGAGACAUCCACACAUGGUCCCAUCGAUAAAUCCGCAAACCCUACCGACUCUAUUCCUCACACCAUUGCGCCAGUAGGUCUUGCAAUGGUAAAUAGGGUCGUAUCAAACUACGACAAAAGUCGUGAUCCCCGAAUCCGUCCUAAAAUUCCACUCACUUCUUCCAUUUCUGGGAACGGGGCUUCUGAUGACAAUAUAAAUCCAAAGAAAAGAGAGAGGGAAAGUCGUCGAGAGAAAAACGAGCAAUAUUCCAAUGACGAGGACAAGGGAGAAAGAACGAUGUCCGGACCGAAAGGGUUCAUUCCUCAGGAGAAUAAUCAUUUACCAACUCCACCAACAACUGCUUCACCUUCCGAAAGAUCAAAUUCUUUACCUCCCCCGUCCGGACAUCCUUUACCAUUGGAACGUGAUUCUCGGAAAGAACCCAUGAGUGAACCAUCACGACCUGUAUCUUCUACAGUGUCUUCAUCUGGGAAUUGUUCACCUCACAAUACUGGAAGGGAAGAGUAUGACACAGUACCACCAGAGGUUCCAUCCGGAAAGUCUGAGAAACCUAUCAAUGAAAAAUCUGCCCCUCACACAAUUAUCGCUGGCGCUUCACAAUCUGGGUUAGAUACAGGUUUACAAAAGAAACUACCACCAAUAGGUCCACGGAAAUGGAUCAAACAACUUCCGAAAUUGACACUCCCAACACCUCCCAGUGGUACGCUUUACAUUGGUUUUCAUCGCAUAGACACUGAUCUCACGCCGGAAGUCGGAUGUGAGGAGAGAAAACUAUCAGUCGACAGCACCAUUCGAAGUCCUCCUCAGCCCUGCUUCUCUGGACCAAAGGCCCUUGAGGCCGAGGCACCUGCGCCAGUGGGUGAGACAGAGACGGAUGUUGAGGAUAUUGCACGUAUGCCUGGCGGUGUAAAGCUGGGCGAUGUUGAGGGUAUCGCACAUACGCCAGUUGAAGUAAUUCAGAAGAAUAUCAGAGAUGCCAGUCUUUCAGUGGAGAAAUCACAACAGAAUGAUCAACUAUCAAAGAUCAUACAAGAUCUCCCGGAUACCACCCGAAUACGACCCAGUUUACCAGGUGAGACCAAAGUCGCUCAAGCUGUUAGACCCCGUAUGAACGAACAAGAAUCUUCAUUAUUCAUUAAACGUAAAAGCAACUACGGAAAACAAUCCUUCCCACCUCGUCUCAUCACUGCGCCUGUUCCAUUACCUCUGAGAGAAGCUUCGGUAUCUCGAACUCAAGUCUCCGAACCGCAACAGUCCAGAGAUGAUGCCCCGCCGCCGCCAGAAGAGCUGCACAACCGGCCCCCGGUGUUUGCACGGAAAACAGUUAGGAACAGUUUCUUACUGUUCCCCCGCCCAGAACCGGUGCGCGGGUUUACCAAGUCCGCCGUUCCGGCGAAAUCGAUUGCUUCUGUGGUUCCUGGUCAAACUGGCGAAAUAGGAACUCAUUUGUCAUCCGGUCCUGGGACUCCUGGAGUUGUACUCGGGAAAGCGAGAUCAGAGGUCAUUGAUCUCACUGCUUCCAGCAGUCUGACUUUGGCUCAAGGAUCACCAAGAGAGAGUGCACUGAUGGACACGGGUACCAUCAGCCAGAUAGAGAUCCCAAGAAACACCGUAUGCCCAGACAUCAGCCUUAAACCAUGUGUCUCCGCCAGAGGUACUUGUCCGGGCACGGCAGAUCCUGUCGAGGCUACAGCUUCGUCGCCGGCCGAUCUGCAAGACACGCCAAGUACCAAGAUUAUUGAUCUCACUGCUUCAUCUCCAACAACUCCCCUGCACGAGUCACUUAUCACUUCAUCUCCCAGCACUUUUCUGCAUGAAUCGAUCAACCUACAGUGCUCCACAGAGACGACGGUGGAGUCGCUCGAAAGGAAGAGUGGAACAUUCAGGAAAGAUAGUAUGGAUGUUGAGGAAUGUAGAGGAGACGAUGUUGUCUUCGAAACCAAUAUUAAAGGUGCUGAAAUCAACGUAGAUCUUGGGUCUCGAGACCAAUCAGCCAAGUCAGAAAAUUAUGUCGUUGAGAAACCGAUGGAAGAUGUAUGCGAUCAGGAGGAUGAUCUAAACCCAGGGAAUCAGGAAGUACAGUCUAUGGUAAUUGAAGAGACUGAGGGAACGAACGUUGUCACGAUUACACAAGAUGAAUGUGAAUCCAAGAUGUUGCUAGAAGAAGAUGAGGCAUCUAUGGACAUGGACCUUGAUGAUAUUUCCGAACAGGAGGACUAUCAUGAUCGAGAACCUUUCCAUCGGGAAUCUUCUUUUGGGUCAUUACUUGAUAUCUUUGAAGAACGUUAUUCCGUUUCGAAUACGACAAACAACGGUGAAUCUGGUCAUCUCACCGUCAAUGAUCCUAAUGGGACAGAGAAAAGUUUAAACAGACUCAUUUCGGAAACACCUUCCUCACCUGAUAUCCCACUUUGUUCUCUUUCUCCUAUCCGGCCGAAGAGAUCUUUCCGAGUAUCACAGACAACCCCCACGGUAAGCAGCCAACAACAACACUCUCUUCAACCUCCCUCGUUGACUAUGAACCAACCUGAUAUACGUUUCCCAUUGAAAUCCAUUCCUUCUUCUACUUCUUCCAAAACUUAUCAACCUUUAUCUCACGACUCUACUUUCACUUUGAGUUCGUCGGCUCGACCAGACAAUAAACGUCCCAGGGGUAAAUUGCAAAAAGGUUGGAAAGGAUAUAUCGAAGUAUCUGAAGAAGAAGGAGAUAUAAACGUUUUUAAAAUCCCUGAGGAAGUGGAUAUUUACGCUCCGAGGACAUUACGACAAAGAGUCAGUCAGAGUCAAACGAAGAGUCUUUCUCCUACAUUUAUCAUUCGACAUUCUUCGACUUUUAGGAAUGAUGUAUCUCCUUCUGUCUCUUCUGGUCUUCCUUCCCCUUCCAUCGAACCACGGUCGGAGAUAUUGUCCACGCGGGAAAAAUAUGAUCCAACGAUGAUUUCUCGAACAAAUCAAAUCUCCACUGCUAGUCCUAGUGAAUCAGUUACCUUUUCUUCUGUGUCUCGGAUGAAUGUCGGGGAGUCUUCUAAUACGUCCAAACACAAAGUUAGGAAGAUUAAAAUUGUUGGGAAAGGUAUUUCCUCGUUCUCGUCCUCGGCGGAAGAUGUAUCUCGUCUGUAG